AUGAUUUAUUAUAUGAUAUUCUCUUUACUCAUUAAUUUGAGUAUGUAAUCAACUAGAAUCAGGACGAAAGAAUCAUACACAACAAACUAUGAAAUUGAACACGAUACAAUCAAGAUGGCUCAUAAAAAAUAAACAGUAUAUGUGUUAAAGUAGGUAUAUUGAAAUAAACAAAGUUUGACAAAUGCAUAUGAUGUUGAUGUAUUUGGUGAUUCUGUAGAUCCAAUAUAAACUCCGUUCCUUUCUUUGGACAAUAAAGAUGUUGAACUGUUAGAAGUGAAAAAUUGUAAUAACUGAAUUUCAAUUUUAGAAUGUGUAGGUUUUCCUAAACAUCCUUAAUUAAAAGAGAUUUUACAAUAUAAAAUUAAAGAUGCCACUGAGGAUUCUUAUUAUACAGAUAUGGUGACUCUAUCAGAGUAUUCCAAUUUAUUUUUAAUCACGCAAGAAUUAGUUCUUAUUUAGAUAAAACUCCGUUGUAGUGAUUCUGGAUGGAUUGCUUAAGAGUCUUAAAGUGUCUUUGAUUUGAAAAAAUAACUAAAUUUAGUAAAUCCAAAAAUCAAAACUAACGCUUAAUUCAGUUGUCCUAAAGUAAAUUAUUUAUAUAUGAUUUCUUAGAAACAUCUAAAUUGCUUAAUCGUAACUCCAUAUGGAGGAUUUUGGGUUUCUAAAUUUUCAGAUUUUGAUUCAAAAGAUAUACCUAUUGAGCCUUAUCCUGAAUAAAAUAUAUUAAAAAGAAAGGUUGUUCAUAAAGUUUCUACAUUUGGUGAAUAUUUAGUAGUGGCUGUAGGUACUGAUGGAGUAGAUUUAUAUACAUAUGAAUAAGAACAUUAAGACAUAUAUAAACGAAGUAUUCUUCACAUAUUAACAAUCUCAAAGUAAUAAUUCAAUGUUACUAUUAACAUUAUUGGGGUGAAAAUUUAGAAUGAUAAACUAUUUUGUUUAGAUGAUACAUAAGGAUUAUUUAUUUUCAAUAUUUCUAAUGUAAAUAAACCAAUUCUAAUAAUGGAUAUACAUAUACCUAGAACAGUAGCAUUUGAAGUAUAUGAGAAUACUGUUCUAGUUGUUGCUUAAACUCCAAAUAAUAUUGAAUACAUUAUGGAAAUCUUCAUUGAUUUAAGAGAUCACUCUUAUUUUGUGAAUAGAGUUUUAGUUGAUGAUUUUACAUAUAGAGAUUUAUAGAUCAAUCCAAAUUAUGCAUUUUUGAUUGGAGAAGAAGCACAUUUGAUAAUUAAACAUUCAAUUUUUAAUGGAUUUGUAAAAUACAAUAAAGAAUUGGUGCGGACAUUCUUUGAAAAUUAAUUGGUUCGUUUUGAAUUAUAUAGUAAAUCAAGUGAACCUGAAGAAUAAAGAUUUAAAGAAACUUUUUAUUAUGUAGGAUUAUCUCGUUAAGCUAUACAUGUAUGGAAAUUUAUGGAUUAUCAUGCCUUUUUAUUAUGUAGUUUUGAUGAAAGAUCAGAACAUGAAAUAAUUGUUAAAUUAAAUUCAACAUCUUGUGAUGAAAAUAUUAAGAGAGAAACUCUAUAUUAAUAAUGUUAAGCAGAUUAAAAAAUUAAUGUCUUAGUCUCUGGACCUCUGUUCUAUUCAGAUACCUUAACAAUUUUAGUUUUUAUUCUCUUUUUCUUGGGCGUAAUAAAUAUAUUAAACUUAGUUUGUGUUAUGUAUAAUUUGUAUAUGUGUCUGUGUUCGUUGGAAAAGAUUAUUAAAAGAAUUAGAAGAAAACAGGUACUAAUUAAAAGAAAUGAAGAAGUAUGGAUAUUUGCCAGAAUAGGAAUAAAAUUAAAUAUGA